AUGUGUCGGUUGGCAGGUGUUCGCCAAUUAGCCAUUUGGCUAAUCAUUUCAGUGAUAUUGGUACAAAAUAUUCAUGCUCUACCAAGAUGCCAGGCGGACGAUGAAGAAUGUAAAGAUCGCAAUAUGCAUCCGGAUUUGCCUGAAUCUGCUCAGUUGGGUGGAAAACGUGCUGUGACUGGAGAAGAUACCAACGAUUAUUGGCGUAAUUUGAGCAAACAACACAUUGAGAAGAAAUUAUCGCAAACCUUCAAUCAGAAUCGUGCCAAAAAUGUGAUCAUGUUUUUGGGUGAUGGUAUGGGCCUGACCACGGUGGCUGCAGCUCGCAAUCUAUUGGGUGGUGAGGAGAAACAAUUGUCCUUUAAUGACUUCCCUUAUACUGGCCUUUCGAAGACUUAUUCUGUGGAUAAAAUUGUACCCGAUUCCGCCUGUACUGCUACGGCGUAUUUGUGUGGUGUCAAGGCCCAAGAAGGUACCAUUGGCGUCAAUGGUGAUGUGGAAUAUGGCAGCUGUGAAAAGGGUCAAGAUAAGAGCAAAUGGGUAUAUUCCAUUGGUAAAUGGGCUCAGGAUGUUGGCAAAAGUACUGGUGUUGUGACCACCACACGCAUUACCCAUGCCUCACCUUCGGGUGUUUAUGCCCACAUUGCCCAUCGUGAUUGGGAAAAUGAUCAAGAAGUGAAGGAGGCUUGCGGUGCUGGCAAGGAUAUCGAGGAUAUUGCCUAUCAGCUAAUAAAUGGCGAAGUUGGUAGUAAAUUGAAUUUCGUUAUGGGUGGUGGUAAAAAACAUUUCAUCGAUUCGAAACUCUAUGACAAUGGUCGCCGUGGUGAUGGUCUGAAUCUCGUGGAACAAUAUAAAAAUCAAGCUGGAUCGCGUAAUCUCUAUGUUGAGACACGUGAUGAAUUAAUGGCGGCCGAUUUGAAGAGUUACGAUCGUGUAUUUGGUCUAUACCAAGAUGAUCAUAUGUUGUAUCAUUUGGAAACGAAUGAGACCACCAAUCAACCGACAUUGGAGGAGAUGACCCGCAAGGCCAUUGAAUUUUUAUCACAAAAUGAACAGGGCUACUUCAUUUUCAUUGAGGGUGGACGCAUCGAUUUGGCCCAUCAUCAGAAUUAUGCACGUAUGGCGUUGGAUGAGACUGUGGAAUUUUCCAAAGCCAUUGCUGCCGCCCGGGAAUUGACAAGUGAGGAAGACACCUUGAUUGUGGUUACUGCCGAUCAUUCACAUUCAUUUUCCUAUAAUGGAUAUCCGCGUCGUGGCAAUGAUGUCUUCGGCAAGACACCCAACACUCCCGACGACAUGAUGCCCUAUAUGACCUUGAGUUAUGCCAAUGGCCCCAGUUAUGAACAGUUCUUUGAUGUUGAGAAGGGUGAACGCGUCGAUCCCACAACUGUAAUAAAGGGAGAUCGUUAUGAUCGUUUCCCCUCCACCUUGCCUCUGGAAGAUGAGACCCAUGGUGGUGAAGAUGUUGGCGUGUAUGCUUCGGGUCCAUGGUCACAUUUGUUUACCGGUGUCUAUGAACAAAAUGCCAUACCACAUAUGAUGGGUUAUGCUGCCUGUUUGGGUUCCGGUUUUACUGUAUGUAAUCCUAAGCUUAAAUAG